AUGAAGAUGGGAUUUUUAGAGUAUUAUUAUUAUGACACUAGUAUAGGAAGAAGAACAGCCGGCGUUGAAACGUAUCAUUUGGUAGACGUUGAGUCUUUAGCAGACAGACUCCCAAUGUAG